AUGGAUCAAUUAAGGAGUCUUGUCUUUUUUAUACGUGAUGUUGCCUUUAAGCACACUCUCGGCAAUAACCAUCCUAAGAAAGAUGCUCCCAAGAUUUUUGACGAACGCAAAGAAGUCAUCAGACGGGCCUUGAAUAAGAAAGUCCUUGUGCCAGAUAUUCUCUCACUUAUGCCUGCCUGGCCUAGUGAAUUCCAGCCUGAUAUUGAUGAAAUCAAUUUGGAAAUCGAUGAAUGGUUGAAAACAGUCAAUGUCGCAGAGGAGAAGAAGGCAAAACACCGGGCCCGAGGCAAUUAUACGCUGUUAACUGGCGUUUACUACCCUCACUGUAAAAAAGAUAAGAUGCUGGUGCUUUCUCAGUUCCUUUAUUGGAUCUUCUUUUGGGAUGAUGAAAUUGAUACCGGUGGUGAGCUCACUUACGACAGAGAAGGCACGCUACAGUGUUGUGCUGAGACAAACAAGUGCAUUGACGACUGUCUUGGCCCGAAUCCUUGCUACACACCUCCACCAGGCUCCCGAGGCACUGUGGAGAUGUUCUACCCUAUCCUCAGAGACCUCCGGAAGGGUCUUGGACCGGUUUCUACUGAACGAUUGAGAAAGGAGCUGCACGACUACGUUAAUGGAGCUUCAAACCAGCAGAGAGUUAGAGAAGAAGACCGUCUUCCCGAUCCCUGGGACCAUUUCCAGAUGCGCGCGGAUGAUGUGGGCGUCAUUCCCAGCAUAACGCAAAAUGAAUAUGCCAUGGAAUUCGAGCUACCAGAAUGGAUUCGUAGGCACGAAGCCAUGGAAGUGAUUGUCUUGGAAUGCACCAAACUAACAAUUCUACUCAAUGAGGUCCUGUCACUCCAGAAAGAAUUUCGCGACAAUCAACUUGAAAACCUUUGCUUCCUUUUCAUGAAUACCUAUAACUUAUCUAUCGAGGAUUCCAUAGACAAGGUUCUUGGUCUUCUGAAAGAACAUUAUGACAUUUGCGUGGCGGCGGAAGCCAGGCUUCCUUGGAGCAAGACUGACGAGAAACUCAAUGAGGACAUCAGAGAAUAUGUACGCGGAUGUAAUAGACUGGCAACUGGCACCGCCUGUUGGAGCUACAACUGCGAGAGAUAUUUUAAACUGAGUCAGCUAAAUGAUAAACGGGAAUUAUUGUUGGACUUGUCAUACCAGAAAUAG